AUGGAUUUCCGGGACAACGGUUUCGAAGGCACUCUAGCACAACAUAGCGAUGAUAUUUCGCAAGGCAGCGAAACUCCCAAGAACUCACCUUCUACGAAUGAGUUUCGCGUAGUUGAAGAGGCGCGGGUGGGUUCUUUUCGGCGUCAUUCUGAAGAAAACGUCGAUGCACAAGGGCCCGCUGUGAGACGACGAACUGAUCACCUCGUCGGUAUCGCCGCAAGACUCAGUGACACUGUUGCCGACUGGCUUGGACAUCCUUCUUUGCACCAAGGAGAAUCCCUGUACGAACACCUUGACCUCGCCCACAACCGAUCUAUCGACGUCGAAAGCCAAUACCGACAGUUACAGAUGGAUCAUCAAACUUUGCAAAAGAAGUUUCAAGAGGCAGCCACCAAGCUUGCGGAGACCGUCAGGGAGCGGAAUGAGCUCCAAAAACUCGUUGACAUUGCCAACUGUACAGGCGCGGUAAAGACCUCGGACGAUACUAUUAGAAGCAAGUGGAAGCAGCUUGACUACAAUAUCUGCGCUAUGGUAAGAGCCUUGGCCAAAUACCCAACCAGAUGCCCAACAGACCCUGUAACUAAGGAACGGUUAGAAGCCAUCGUCUCAUCUUGGCGAAAGCUGUUGGAAGAAGAUGAUUACAAGGAAUUUCUCAUCACCGCUUACCUCUGGGCUAUCGUUAACGAAGAAAUCUUCCAGAGUGGGAGUAGGUUUUGGGGAGGCGGUUUCCUUCGCGGCCUCAAAAAUAUGCGAAGGCGUCUUGCUGAAAUUGCCCCUGAGACUGAUAGACCUUCACGCUCAGAGCCGACGAUGAAACAUGUUGCAAAGUGGUCUGCUCAAGGAACUGUUCUCCUCGGUCACUUCUAUGGACGUGAUAAAAAGGCCCCCAAAAGGAGGGCUGCCUAUGAAUUGGACAAGCUGGAGCAAUUUUGUAACAUCGCUGCAGAAAAGACAGACACUGAUUUCCUUCGGGAGAUGAAGAGCAUUGUGGAAACUGCACUCGACCUUGAUGAGAUGUUGAUGAGUUCCAUGGCCAUUUUGUCGAUCCAAUGGCCGGAAACUGGACAAUCGAAGAGUCUUCCAUACGACGCAGAUGGGAUGGAUGCCGUGGUGCUGUGGCAUACUCUGGGGAAUCGUCUCCCCAGACUGCCGUUGCCUUCAUGA